UCAUUUUUUCUUCCAAACAAAUACUCCUCAUCCCUUCGUUUUUUGUUUCUACUCUUUAAAAUUUGAUUUUUUUAAAGAGCACGGAAGAAAAUAAAAAACAGUUAUGGCGGAAGAAGAACCAGAGCUAAGCGACGAGCAAAAGAAAGGAAUCGCCAAAUGGUUCCUCAUAAACGCUCCCGCCGGCGAAAUCCAAUACGUAGCCAAAGAUUUAAAAUCGGUUUUGAAAGAUGAUGCCGUGUACAAUGAGGCGGCAGCUGAGGCGUUUCACAUUUACAACAAAUCUCACCUGAUUUCCCUCAAGAUGCCUGGUGGAUACGGAGAUGUGUUGGUUACAUCAUAUGGGGAGCUUCAUGACAACGAGUAUCUAGACCCCAAGACAACCCAAGUUGCCAUAGUCGACCAUGUCAAACAGGUUUGUAAAGGGGUGAGAUCUGCCACAGACGAGGAGCUUCCUUCCCCAUAUAUUGAGGAAUACCGCUAUGCUCUGGAAGCGGAAUUGCUGAAGUAUGUUGCUGAAGCUUAUCCAAAAGGUUCUUGUUCAGUUUACUGUACUAAUGGAAAAGAUGUGGAGGGACCUGGAUCUGAUUUUGAGCUUGUUGCAGUGAUUUCUUCUACUCGAAAUAGCCCCAAUAAUUUCUGUAAUGGAAGUUGGCGGACAAUAUGGAAGAUUGAGUUCAAAGAUGAUAUUCAAAUUUUGGAGUUAAAGGGAAAAUGGAAGGUUGGUGCGCACUAUUUUGAAGAGGGAAAUGUGCAAUUAGAUGCAAAACGUGAAUGUAGAGAUUCUGCAAUGUUUCAGGGCCCGGAUGAAACUGCAACUGCCAUAGUCCAUCUCAUUCGCCACCAUGAGAAUGAGUACAUGGCAUCUCUUGAGGGGUCGUAUUUGGAUUUGUCGGAUAACACUUUCAAGGAACUUCGGAGGAAACUUCCGGUUACUCGGACCCUAUUUCCAUGGCACAACACACUGCUAUUUAGCUUCAAAAGAGAGAUUGACGAAGAACUCGGAAUCAGGAAGUGAGUAUAUGAUAUCGAAAAGGCAUUAGAGCCAAUCCCCUUAAUACAUACACCGAGUUCGAUCGGAUCCCCGGUCACCUGGCUCAUUGUAUUUUUAGUGUAGUUCUGAGAGUUUACAAGCCAUCAUGUAUAAGCAUUCGCUUCCAUGACACUUGGCCGGAAGAGAACCGAUUAGACUUAGUAAUAUUAGGCACGCGAUUCUUACUAAGUUGAAAUUAGGCACUUGGCUAGAAUGG